ACGUAGGUGGUGAACGGCACGUCGUGAUCCUGGGACAGCCAGGCAUCAGCUGCACUUUGCGCUUUUAAUGCGCACGCUCUCUCCUCUCCUCUGAAUUGCAUUGUGCAAUUGUUGUCAUAUUAUCAACGCAGCCAAAGGUUUUCAUCCGUCGCCAACAUGAAUAUCCUCGAAUGGGCCUUUGGGAAACGCAUGACGCCUGCGGAGCGUCUGCGCAAGAAUCAGCGUAUGCUCGACAAGGCGAUUCGUGAACUCGACCAAACGCGCGUCAAGCUCGAAAAGCAAGAGAAGACACUCAUUCAGCAGAUCAAGACGAGCGCCAAGAAUGGGCAAAUGGGCGCAUGCAAGAUCCAAGCCAAGGACCUGGUGCGCACGAGGAGGUAUAUCGAGAAAUUCUACGGCAUGAGAAGCCAGCUUCAGAAGAUCUCCUUGCGUCUACAGACGUACCGGACGAACGAGCAGAUGAUGCAGGCAAUGAAGGGAGCCACCAUGGCUCUAGGCAGCAUGAACAAGCAGAUGAAUCUUCCGCAACUGCAACGAAUAGCCAUGGAGUUCGAGCGCGAGAACGACAUGAUGGACCAAAGGCAGGAGAUGAUGGACGAUGUCAUGGACGAUGCUAUGGAUGUCGGUGUUGAGGAGGAAGGAGAUGAGGUGGUCGAGCAGGUUCUCGAAGAGAUUGGCGUGGACUUCAACCAACAGCUCGGCGAAACGCCUACUGCCUUAGGAAACGAAGCCCAGACCGAGGGCAGGAUUGCGCAAGCAGUUGGCGGCGGUGGUGGUGGCGGUUCCAAUGGGGGCGACCCCGUGGAUGAUGACCUUCAAGCGCGUCUCGACAGCCUCAGAAAGGGGUAGAUCGGUUGGACGUCUGUAGAGCAGCCUUGUUUUUGAGCACGCACGCAGCUGUCUGAACGAAGAGAUAUCUUUUGGCGUUUGGUGCUGGCCACAUCGCAUUCUGGGAGUAAAGGGGUCUAGCAAGAAUCGCGUUGGACUAUUAUCUUGAGACGUGUUUCUAAUGCCGUUGGCCUUGCGUGCUGUGUCACUUCUACGUAUUCUACCUCAAUUCAGAUUCUUCU